UUCAGAUCAGCUGCGCGGCGCGUUUGAGUGUGUGUCGGUUUGAUUCCUCAUUUUUCCUUCUCGCGGCGCCGCUCUCUCUCACUACCUCUCAUCCUUUCUCUCUCUACCUUCUCUCACCGCAUGUCGGUUUAGUCUGCGUAUUUAGCCUCAUCAUCCCAAUCACCACACGCCUCCAUUGCUAGCCUCCUCUGUUUUGCUCGCUCUUUUUUCACUGUGCUUUUUCGAAAAGCUGCUAUAAGCACUUUCGGUCUCAGCUUCUGAGUUGUGAUCGAUCUCUUUCCUUCUUGUUCCUCUGUUUUUUUCCAUAGCUUGGGUUCGCUGAGUCACUAAAGUUUCUUACUUGACCAGAAACCAUUCGAUCAAAUUGAUCGCUACCCAGUUCGAUUUCCUACUCGUUCUCAACUGGGUUUGUCUCAGAUCUUCAUAAUAUCUCAUACAGAAUGUUGGAUCCAAUCGAUAAAGGAUCGGAGUCAGAGGAAAUGACUAUCAAAACCCCAGAUGCCGGUUCCUCGGAGGAAGGCUUUAAGAAAACCUGCGCCGACUGUGGAACCUCCAAAACCCCUCUGUGGAGAGGCGGUCCGGCGGGCCCAAAGUCUCUCUGUAAUGCGUGCGGGAUCAGAAGCAGGAAGAAGAGGAGGGCUAUUUUGGGAUUAAACAAAGAAAAUCCCAACGAUAAAAGGGGCAAGAAGAACAAGCAGCUCGGCGACGGCUUGAAGCAGCGGCUGUUGGCUUUGGGAAGAGAGGUUUUGAUGCAGCGAUCGACGGUGGAGAGGCAGCAGAGGAAGCUCGGCGAGGAAGAACAAGCGGCGGUGCUGCUGAUGGCCCUCUCAUAUGGCUCUGUCUAUGCUUAGCCUAUGUUCGGAUUAAUAUCAAGCUAUAAGUAAUAAGUAAUUAAUUAGGGAGAAAUGGCAAUUCUAACCUCCAUUUUUCAGUGUAAUUUCACCCCCACCCCCUCCCGUUUUCUUGCCUCUUUUAUUAGUGGAAAUUUACUUUGUUCUUUAUUUUUGAGAGUGAUUGAGCAAAUGUAAGAAUUUUGGAAGAUCUUGUUCUAAUUUUGCUGACAUAAUUCUACUAGUUUCGGUGUUUGAUGCUGUUUUCUCUAAA